ACACCUCUUUCUGAAGAAGGGAUGUGAAGAUUCUAGACAGCUCAUUAUUCAUUGAUGAAGCUACAAAGUGCUAAAACUUGUUACGAGCUCAGCAGCUGCAAACUUCUAAAGCGAACAGGACAAGGAGAAAUGACCAUAAAUUGAAGACAGGAUCCAUCCCUGCCCGUACUCCCUUUAUUUCCGGUGUAAGCUCUUUUUCAUACAGUAUUUCUUACAGUGCUCAGCCAGGUCUCUUGGCUCAUAGGAAGUCAUCAUGCAAACAGAUGUUUUCCCAUUUUAUUCCAUGUGGAGGACACCAUUCCUGUUUGACACCAGAAUUGUACAGAUCAUUAUAAUAACUCUGGUUACUGCUGCCACUUUUAUCGUCAUAUUGCCUGGAAUCAGAGGAAAACUGAGAACAUUCUGGCUGGUGAGAGUGCUGACCAGUCUAUUUAUUGGUUCUGUGAUAAUAGCUGUUAAUUUUACCCGUGAUUGGGAAGUUGGAUCUGUGACCACAACAACAGUUUAUAAAUCAUUCAGCAAUACAAUGGUAAACGCCAGUAUUGGAUUGUUGGUCGGCUUAAGAGGAGUAAACAUAACUCUAAAAGGAAAUCCAGUGCACCAGCUGAAUGAGACUAUCAAUUACAAUGAAAGGUUUUCUUGGGAGUCAAGGAUUCAAUAUGACAUAGAUUACCGUGAAGGACUGGAGAGGGGUCUCCCAAGUCCUGUAUUAUAUGUUGCUGAAAAAUUUAACAGCAAUAGCCCCUGUAGACUUCAUCAGCAAUACUGUGUAUCCACUUACUACUCCUCGGCAAUAAUGUGGGCUGCAUUUUGCGCCUGGAUUCUCAGCAACAUCCUCUUUUGCAUGCCGUUACUGGUCUAUGGAAUCUACAUGCUGUUUACCACCGCUGUGUGCAUGAUAGUAUCACUUAUGUCAUUUGCAACUGUCAGACAAGCACCUGAAUGCAGCAUUCACUUUGGUAGAAUUGUUCUUCAGACAAGAUUUGGACUUUCAUUCUGGUUGAGUUUUGCUACAGGUUUAUUCUGCCUUAUUAUCAGCAUCAUUCUUUUAACCAUACACCUAACACGGCCAAACCUUCUCCGUCGUUUAUUUAACUUUAAAGACAAUGAGGAAUUAACUAAUAAAACUGACAAAGAAGACUCAGAAGACAACAGAACUGAAACUGUAAGCCAGAUGUUAUGAGAGUCUCUGCUACUUCUUUAGACUUGCAUUACUUUCCUGUAGAUGCAUAUCAUUUUUUAAUUGUCCCUUUAUUUAAGAUAAGUCCUUAGAUAAAGGACAAGAACUCAAGUCUGGAGCCUUAUUGUGAAGAGUUGUUAUUUAAUAUGUACUACAGGCUUCAGUUUUCACUUUUUUAGUUAAAAUGGUACAUAUGAUACGAUAGGCCAGAAGAGACAUUAGAACAUGUCACUAUAUUCACAAUCCACCUGAAAAUUUGUCAAAAGAUAAAUGAGGUGAAAAAACUUGUCCCUUAUGCUUCUUUGAACUUCAAUGUUUUCCAUAGGUAAGUGGAAAAAAGUUUAAACAGAUACAAUAGUGUUUGAGAAAGAGCCAUUUUCAUGGUUUGAACUUUUUUUGAUAGCUUUUAGAACGUAUGUAUAAAAAACAUUUCAAAUGUACAUUUUUCCUUGU